AUGUCCACUUGCCUCCUCACCAUGCCAUGCAAGCAAGCAGGGUUUCGAAAAGGAUUCAGCACGAUUGACCACAUUUACACUGUUUCGAAACUCAUCGAGGUAUCACGAGAGUACAAGAUGUUGCUCUGUCUCACCUUCAUCGACUUAAAGAAGGCCUUCGACUCGGUUGAGACGGAAGCGGUCGUGGAAGCCUUGGACAACCAAGACGUCCCUACUCAGUACAUAAAGGUACUUCGAGAGUUGUACAGUAACUUCACGACCGGAAUUUCGCCGUUCUACAAGAAAAUCAUCAUUGACGUGAAGAGGGGGGUCCGACAGGGUGAUACAAUUUCACCCAAAAUAUUCACAGCCACCCUCGAGAACGCAAUGCGAAAGUUGGAAUGGUACGACAUGGGAGUGAAGGUUGAUGGUCGGCAGCUACACCAUUUGUGCUUUGCUGAUGACAUCGUAGUGAUAACACCUAGCAUCAGCCAAGCGGAACGAAUGCUGACCGAAUUCGACGAAACAUGUGGAUGCAUCGGUCUUCAGCUGAAUCUACAAAAGACGAUGUUCAUGCGGAACCGAUGGGUCUCGGAUGCCCCAUUCUCGCUCAACGGACCGAACAUAUCCGAAUGCACCAGCUACGUUUACCUGGAUCGGGAACUGAACAUGAUGAACGACCUGACCCCCGAGCAGGGCAGGAGGAGACGAGCGGCUUGGGGAGCGUACAAGAGCAUCGAGGAUGUGGUGAAGAAGACCAGGAACACCCGGGUCCGUGCUCACCUCUUCAACACCACCGUACUUCCUGCUUUGACCUAUGCUUCGGAAACCUGGUCAUUUCGCAAGCAGGAAGAAAACGCGUUGAGCGUCAUUGAACGCGCAAUUGAGAGAGUGAUGCUAGGAGUAUCCCGUUUCAUGCAAGUGAGAGAUGGGAUUCGAAGUUCUCUCCUACGUCAGCGAUCGAAGAUUAGAGACGCCGCCGCGUUUGCCAAGGAAGGUAAAAUAAGGUGGGCCGGACACGUGAUGCGCUUUAAUGACAACCGUUGGGCCAGAGCCGUGAGCGACUGGGUUCCCCGCGAUAUUAAGCCCACUUCAGGAAGACGGCCGACACGAUGGUCAGAUUUCUUCACGAGCUCCUUCAAAGAAAAAUAUGAUGCUCUUCGAGUCCCACGCGAAAGGAGGAACCAUAGGUGCGAUAGGGAGAAGCCGGACCUUCCUCAGGUGAAGGGGGUUUAG